CCCGGAAUUGCUUUACAUAUUGACCGGUUGCUUGUGCCUACUAGCGUUUCCUUGUAGGGGUGUGUGCUAGGUUGUACGUAUCGGAUGGCUUAGGGGAUAGGGUAUUCGGGUCUGUGUUCCCGCCUACGACUUGAGGCGGGAUUGGGUGCAUGGAAUUUCCCGCUGUUGAGUUGCGGAUCUCCUUUUCAAGUGUCUUCUCAGAAUGGCGACUGUGGAGAGUGCGAUUUCUAAUGGUGUGGUAGGGAGGCUGGAGAAUGAAACACACUUAGAUGAUUGUACCGAGCCGUCUGGCAAGCGAGUUAAACUGGGUAAUACGAAUAUUGGUAAUCGGGUAACUGUGGUACUGGGGGCGCAGUGGGGAGAUGAAGGAAAGGGCAAAGUGGUUGACCUGCUAGCGGUGGACGCCGAUAUUGUCUGCAGGUGUCAGGGUGGUAACAAUGCAGGACAUACCGUAGUUGUCGAUUCUGUAGAGUACGAUUUUCAUCUCUUGCCUAGUGGAGUUAUUAACAAGAAUGCCAUUUCCUUUAUCGGCAAUGGUGUGGUGAUCCACCUACCUGGCUUAUUUGAGGAAGCUCAGAAAAACUUGCAGAAAGGAAAAGGUUUAGAGGGAUGGGAGUCUAGGACAGUGAUCUCUGACAGAGCUCAUAUUGUUUUUGAUUUUCACCAAGCAGCUGAUGGCAUCCAGGAGCAACAGCGUCAAGAGCAGGCUGGGAAAAACUUGGGGACUACAAAAAAAGGAAUUGGUCCUGCAUACUCCUCCAAAGCCUCUCGUGUUGGCCUCCGGAUCUGUGAUCUUCUGGCAGACUUCCAGGAAUUCUCAAAAAAGUUUAAAGUCCUGGCUGGCCAAUACAAGUCAAUGUACCCUUCAUUAAAUAUUGACACAGAAAAAGAACUGGAAUGUUUAAAGGACUAUGCGGAGAAGAUUCGACCAUUGGUAAAAGACGGAGUCUAUUUCAUGUACAAGGCACUGAAUGGGCCAACCAAGAAAAUAUUGGUAGAAGGAGCAAAUGCAGCUCUGCUUGAUAUUGAUUUUGGUACUUACCCGUUUGUCACUUCAUCGAAUUGCACAGUAGGAGGCGUUUGUACUGGGUUGGGUAUCCCUCCACAAAAUGUUGGUGAUGUUUAUGGUGUGGUGAAAGCAUAUACCACAAGAGUUGGGGUUGGAUCUUUUCCUACUGAACAGAGCAAUGAGCUUGGUGAUUUGUUACAGUCUCGUGGUCGUGAAUUUGGCGUGACAACUGGCCGUAAAAGACGUUGUGGUUGGCUGGAUCUUGUGUUGGUGAAAUAUGCUCAUAUGAUAAAUGGCUUUACAGCUGUUGCAGUGACAAAACUGGACAUUCUAGAUGUGAUUGAAGAAAUAAAAAUUGGGGUUGCAUACAGACUGGAUGGGAAGAAGAUUCCAUAUUUUCCAGCAAACCAAGAAGUGUUAAACAAAGUUGAGGUUGACUAUGUUACUCUUCCUGGAUGGUGUUCAAAUACAGCGCAUGUACGCAGCUUUGAGGAACUGCCAGAAAAUGCACAGAAAUACAUUCACUUUAUUGAAGAGUUCUUGAAUGUGCCUGUGAAGUGGAUUGGUGUUGGCAAAUCCAGGGAGUCCAUGAUACAGCUGUUUUAAAGACGCAUUCUACUGCUGAUCCACACAGAGCGGAGUAUUCCAGUAGCUGUUUGUCUUUAGAAGUCCCUUUGUGGUUUUUAAGCAAUUAAAAUAUUUUUUCAGGUUAUGAUUGACUAGACUUGAAAAUAUUCUAUGCAUUUACAACAGAGAAAAGAUGAAAGUAUUCACUCCUUGGCACAUGCAAACCUGUCUUAUUUUAAUCUGUUUUAUAUUAUUUUACUAGGAAAAGUUUAAACGAGUAAGCAUUUGUCACACAUUCUGUUUUUAUUACUGCUAAUUUGCAGCAUUUGCACAGUCACUGAAUAUGCAGUGCAUAAACUGUUUUAUUGCCUUCUUUUUAAGAAAGCACAAUAAAUGGCCGUGCCAGAAGGAGAAAAGG